AUGAAUUCUCAAGCUGCUAUUUUUCAACAAAUUUUGUUCUCGGAAGUAUUGACAACAGCUAAUUGGAAAAAAUAUUUUCGUUUUGUUACCGACGCUGGUAUCACCACAGUGGAAGAUUUGCUUGAGACCCAGGACGAAACGAUCGCCAAUUUAAAGGAAAAUAUUCCCGAAGGUCCACUGGAUCGUUUAAUGCACUUGAAAAAGAAUCUCAUGAAAAUUAAAUUACAAUGUAACAGUAGCUUCACCAAUCCACUGAGUGCAAUACAAUUUUUCGAUCAAUUUGAAUUUGUUCCUCAGUUUACUUCUCAACACUAUCUGGCUGAUAGUUCCAUGCGGAAUGUGGAAUCAGAAAUUACAAAAGCUACGACUAAAAUUGAAGGUGACGAAUACUCUGGGCUAACAAAGCAACAAGUGAUUUUCAUUGCUCUGUAUUGUCAGGAAUCAUCUGAACCGAAUGGUUCGUUUUACCAUCUGAUCAAUCGGCUUUUGAGAGAACGAAACGAAAAAUUGCUCGGUUUGCGACCUGCAUUGUUUUUGCUCGAGUCAGGUCUUCGUAGUUUACCACCAAUUGAAGACAUCACGUGGCGCGGAAUGAAUACUGCACCAGAUUUACGCAAAUUUGUUGUGGGAAACAUUGUACAUUUUAUCGGUAUCUGCAGUACUUCAUUGUGCAAAGAUCAAACGCUUCGUUUUAUGGAUACACCACCUCCAACGAACAUACACAAACGAACGCUUUUUAAAUUGCGCAUGAACAAUGGUGUAUCGAUACAACAAUGGAGUUGCUUUCCAAAUGAACAAGAAGUUGUGGCAUCGUUUUGUUCACGGUGGGAAGUUAUUCGAGUCGAACAAGAUCAUGAAGAGCUGUUUCACAGUAUUGGAACCACGUAUCAAUGUGACUAUUAUAUUGAAUUAAACCAAUUAAAUAGUGAACCAUUAUUUCGCUCAAAUAUCAAAUUAACUGGUCUGCAUUUACUUAGUCAAAUCGAGUAUGAAAAGCCCGACGACUUGCCUAAGAAUUUCAAAGCAAAAUUCCUCGAUCUAUUCAAUCAAUUGAAUGAUUCAACAGCACAAGGUAUUCUAGAAUCAGUGCUAUCAAGUACCAAUCACUGGAACUCCGAAACGAAGACGUUUAAGAAUAAUCCUGAAGAUAAAGAAAUACAUCAACUGAUAACUCAGUUUCUUGAAGGUGUCAAGUCACUUUCAACUGAAUUUCAACAUCAUGGUAUUGAUCUAAAAGAAGGAUUUGGAAUAUGUGAUACGCAUCAAAUUUAUGCUGUCAUAUAUUUGCUUUACACUUCAGAUCAUGCUGAACGAACCAUAGCAGAUUUCCAACAGCUGGGAUUUACUACCGAUUGUGCGACGAAGCUUUACAAUCAAGAAUAUGUGAAACAAGAAUUGCAAUUAGUGUAUAAGAAAUUAAAUUGUAGCGGUACAGUUGAUUCACCAAAGAACGUUUCUACAUGGUUGUGUAAGUCAAGAUUCAAGCAUUAUAUUAUGAGAGAUGGAAUAAUGGUUAGCGCCUACGAAUUGGCGCACAUGUCUCUCAACGGUGCCAAACGGAUAUUUCCGAGACUUCGUAAUGUGUUAAGCGGUAGUAUACAGCUCGAUAACUAUACACUUUUGGCUAGAACCGUUAGCUAUGAAAUUCAGUACUCAGACUUUGUCAUUGCUGCUGCGAUAUUCGCUGUUCAACUUGGUGUAUACAGUUUUCAACUUUGGUAUGGUGAUAUAACAGUUCGUCAGUUCUUUAAGUCGAUAGCAACCUCUGCUGUCGCUGUGUCCGCUGGGUUUGCCGGCGGUAUUGCUGCGGGAUUUUUUGCCGCAGGCUGUGCUUCCUUAUUAGGAUUAACCUGUUGGCCAGCAGGAGUGCUAGUAAUUGCAGGCACAACAGCUGGUGGACUCGUGUGUGGCGGUGGUGCAGAUUUCCUAAUGAGAAAGCUUACAGAAAAAUUUUUCCCAGAUGGCGAAAAAGAAGAGCUAAACGCCCUACGUAAACUCUAUUUUGCAGCUUUAGCAAAACUUGCAUGUAAACCCGAUAGUACCAUGCGAAGUAUUCAAAAAGCUUUUUAUCGAAAAGCACAAGCAACGCAUCCAGAUAAAUGUGACGAUAAGCCAGCUGCGGAGGAAGAAUUCAAGAAGCUUUUAGCAGCUUACGAAAUUGCUAAGAAUUAUCACGAAGUCCUGGAAAAUGCUUGUAAAACAUUAAAUCUGCCGAAUAACUACACUAUUGCCGAUGUGAAAGUACGAAAAGGUACAACAAAAAAUAACAAAGAACAAGAACGAGCAUACCAAAUAGUUUAUCGUCAUCUUACUUAUAACACCAGUAAAUGGGGUAGACUACGCAACUGGUUUGACAGUGAUCAACGUCUGAAAUUACGUGAUUCAAAACCAUUACCUAUAGAACAGGCAAAAUCCACGAAAUCGUAA